GCUGGCGGCGCGAGGGUGCGACGUCAACGCAGCCUGCUAAGCUCCUCUGACCUGUGCACCGCGGCCCGGCCCUGGCUGAGUCUUCCGAGGGGUCCGGGUCGGGCGGUUUGCCAGUACCUCUGCUGCCGCUAUGGACAACUCCGGGAAGGAAGCGGAGGCAAUGGCGCUGCUGGCCGAGGCCGACCGCAAAGUGAAGAACUCGCAGUCCUUCUUCUCGGGCCUCUUUGGAGGCUCAUCCAAAACAGAGGAAGCCUGUGAAAUCUACGCCAGAGCAGCAAACAUGUUCAAAAUGGCCAAAAACUGGAGUGCUGCCGGAAACGCUUUCUGCCAGGCAGCCCAGCUGCAUCUGCAGCUCCAGAACAAGCAUGACGCAGCCACCUGCUUUGUGGACGCCGGCAACGCAUUCAAGAAAGCUGACCCCCAAGAGGCCAUUAACUGUUUGAUGAGAGCAAUUGAGAUCUACACAGACAUGGGCCGAUUCACGAUCGCAGCCAAGCACCACAUCUCCAUCGCUGAGAUCUAUGAGACAGAGCUGGUGGACAUCGAGAAAUCCAUCGCCCACUACGAGCAGUCUGCGGACUACUACAAGAGCGAGGAGUCCAACAGCUCAGCCAACAAGUGUCUGCUGAAGGUGGCUGGUUAUGCUGCGCAGCUGGAACAAUAUCAGAAAGCCAUUGAUAUCUACGAACAGGUGGGGACCAAUGCCAUGGACAGCCCCCUCCUCAAGUAUAGCGCCAAGGACUACUUCUUCAAGGCAGCCCUCUGCCACUUCUGUAUUGACAUGCUCAAUGCCAAGCUUGCUGUCCAGAAGUACGAGGAGCUAUUCCCCGCUUUCUCCGACUCCCGGGAGUGCAAGCUGAUGAAAAAAUUGCUAGAAGCCCAUGAGGAGCAGAACGUGGACAGCUACACUGAGGCGGUGAAGGAGUAUGACUCCAUCUCCCGGCUGGACCAGUGGCUGACCACCAUGCUGCUGCGUGUCAAGAAGACCAUCCAGGGCGAGGAGGAGGACCUGCGCUAAGCCCACUCCCCGGCGCCUGUCUUCCUGCCCCUCUGCUCUCCCCAGCAGCCCCUCCAUACACAGCGCGAGCCCAGAAAGAGUUGGCCCAAGACCUCGGCUGGGACCUUCCCUCCCUUCCCCUCAGGAGUCUUGCAGGCCACAGUGCAGGCUUUGCACUGUCUCGGCCCCAGAGCCCUGGUCUGCUGGCUAGACAGUAACCCUCUGUUCUUGCUGCACCCCUCCCCCCGCCCAUUUAUUUAAGCCACAAAGGUACCCUUUUCCACCCCAAAACAGAGUCUGUGACAUAGACCUAUUUGCUGUGGGUGCUGUCAGGGAUGGGGUCAGCAUCUAGCCCCCAUCUCCCAACUGGCUGGGGCUGGGGUGUGAGGUUGGUUUCUGUCUCCCCACUUCUGUCCCCCAGCCAAGCGCUGAGCACAUGUAGCUGCUGAGAUUUGCUCUUGCAGCUGGGGGUGGGCUCCUUUCCCCCAGUGCCGGGAGCCUCAGGGGGUCAUCCUGCACCCGCCCCACAUCUGCUCCUGCCAUAGUGCUUUGAGGUUUUGUGGGUCGGAAGCUGCCACUGGCCCCAAAAAGAAAAUAAAAAACAACACUUUUGCA